AUGACUUCUUCACCUCCUACGAGUAGAAAAGAAUCAAGAAGACCUUCCUCUUCCGAUAUCAGGAUAAACACAAGAAAAACUUCUUGUUCUACGCAACCGUCAACUCCAAAUUCUACUGCUGGUAGUUUAUCAAGCAUUCCUGAAUCACAAACAUCGCCAUUAAUUCUAGCUGUUCAAUGUGCCAGAAUUUUAUUGAAGCAACCAAAUAUUAACGAUACAAUACCUAAUUAUGAUGAUAAAAAACCUAUUGAUCUAUCCAGAAAUCAAGAAAUAAUAGAGUUAUUUAAUGCAAAUAAACAAGAAUUUAUUGAGGAAUCAACUUCAUUGUUUCGACAAUAUGUUUCAGAUUCAAACUAUAUAGCAAUACAAAAUUUAUUUCAAAAUCCAAGAGUCAGUGCUUUAAUUGAUAUAAACCUUCAAAAUCCUUCAAAUGGCACAACCUUACUGCAUGAUGCGACCAAAAAAAAAAAUUUGGAGAUGGUCAAAUUUUGCUUAGAUAAUGGUGCAGAUGUAACCGUCAGGGAUCGUAAAGGCAAAACACCAAUUGAUGUUGCUAAAGAUGAUAAAAUUAAAAACUUAUUAAAACAAGUUAAACCAACAAUUGCAUUAGAUAUUUCAACUUCACCAGAUCAUCCACCAAUAUUAAAAGGAUACUUACAUAAAUGGACAAAUUAUGCCGGAGGUUAUAAGAUCAGAUGGUUUGUACUUGAAAAUGCGAUACUGUAUUAUUUUCAAAAUAAAGAUGAUGCAGGUAAUUCGUGUCGUGGCUCAAUUAAUAUGAAAAUAGCAAAAAUUUCUAAAGAUACAUCAGAUACACAAAGUAGUAGAGAUGAAGAUUUAAGGAUUGGACGCAAUUUACACAGGGAUGAUCAAAGCAAUAUAGAGGAAUGUGAAGAAAAUAAUUAUAUGGGUGAACAUUCUAGAUCAUCAUCAAAUGAUUCAAGUGAAAUUGAUAAGUUACCAUACGAAAAUACCUACCAUUUGACUAUAAGUUCAGUUAGAACACAAUUCGAUUUACAAAAUCGAUUAUUUGAAUCUUUAGUUGAUUUAUUAAGGCAGUCUUCCACAGAAAAAGAUUCAAAAGAAUCAAAAGUUAUAGAGGCUUUUGCGAAAUCUUUACAAACAUUACAAGAUUUGUUAAAUGAUACACUUAAAAUGUCAGAAGAAAGAGAUAACUAUUGGCAGAAAAAAUUAGAUAAAGAAUUAGAAGCUAAAAAGUUAUGGGAAGAAAGCAUGGAAGCUUUAGCAAUUGAAAAAACUGAAAUGGAAACAGUAAUACAAAAUAAUGCAAAGGAAGAAAAAAUAAUGAAAAAACAUUUAAAAGCAGCUAUUAUUGCUGAAAGUCUAGUUAACUCACCAACUAGUCCUAAAAUUUCAAACUUAUCAUCAAAUUCUAAAGAACCUGUUUCGCCUAAUAAACCUCAAGAAGAUGGUUUAAUUGAUAAAGAUGCUGAAAAGAAAGAAGAACAACUUUCAUUGGCAGACAUAUAUGAUUCUGAAGAUGAAUUUUACGACGCUUUUGAUGGCGGACCAAUUUUAGAAGGGGUUGAACCAAGCAUCAUUACCAAUCCAACCGAAGAUAAUCUCUCGUCAACUUUUGCAAAAAAUACCUCAUUAUCCAAAGAUGUUCAGCCAACGUAUAUAUCUGAUUCAUACAAUGGGUAUCCCGAUCACGCUAGAACAAAAUUUUCAUUGGAUAAAGGCUUUUCAAAACCUGAAGUUUCAUUAUGGUCAAUAUUGAAAAAUUCUAUUGGCAAAGAUUUAAGUAGGAUCGCUUUACCUGUCUAUUUUAAUGAGCCAACUUCUAUGCUACAGCGUAUGUCUGAAGACAUGGAGUAUAGUGAAUUAUUAGAUCUUGCAGCUAUACAGAAAGGUAGCACUGAGAGAAUUUUAUUUGUUGCUGCCUUUGCUAUGAGCAAUUACUCUAGUACCGUUGGUAGAAUUGCAAAGCCAUUCAAUCCCUUAUUGGUUUGUAUGUAUGUGUCGGAACAAGUCAGCCAUCAUCCACCAAUUAGUGCAUGUUAUUGUGAAUCACCCAAUUAUGAUUUUUUUUCUGAGGUGGACGUAAAAUCAAAAUUUUGGGGGAAAUCAUUUGAGGCAUUACCGCAAGGAAUAUCACAUGCGAGACUAAAAGUUUUAAAGGAAUGCUUUCCUACAUAUACAAACAAGUCAGCUGAAGACUUUCCAGCAAAUGGUAAUCCCAAAGCAUUUUCUGAACAUUAUUCAUGGAAAAAAGUUACAACAUCUGUAAAUAAUUUAAUGAUUGGUAAACCGUGGAUUGACCAUUAUGGUAAUAUGACUAUAACAAAUCAUUUGACAGGAGAUCAGUGUAUUUUAACUUUUAAAGCCAGGGGUUGGAGAGGCAAAGAUGCGUUUGAGAUUAGAGGUGUUGUGAAAGAUAAAGACGACAAAGAAAUUUGGGAGAUUGCAGGCAGAUGGAAUGAAAGGUUGGUUGCAAGAAGAAUAAUUUUAAGUCCUUCGACACAUGAAGAGGAUUUGGGAAGUGAUGCAGCGGCCUCAAAAGCUAAAUUAGUACAUGAAUUGUCACCAACAUUUAAACUCGAAUCACCAAUACAGACAUCACCAAUUUCAACCACCCAACCACAACGAAGACCAAUUGUAUUGUUAUGGGAAAAGCAUCCAGAACUUGAAGAACCUUUACCAUUUAACUUAACACCAUUUGCAAUGACAUUAAAUGAUUUACCCAGUUCAUUGAAAAUAUGGAUAGCACCUACAGAUUCAAGAUUGAGGCCUGAUCAAAGAUCAAUGGAGUUAGGUGAUUAUGAAUCUGCAAGUUUGGAAAAAAACAGAUUAGAGGAGAAACAAAGAGAAAAAAGAAAAUUAAGAGAAGCUGGUUCUAUUCCAGAAUUUCAACCUAGGUGGUUUACUAAAGAAAUUGAAGAGGACACCGGUGAAAAAUAUUGGAAAUUCAAUCAUGAAUAUUGGAAAGAAAGAGAACGUGUUGGUAGAGAAAAGAUUCAAGGCAUUGGAGAUUCUAAAUGGAAUAUUGAUGAUGAUGAUAUUUUUUAG